UAUUUAGACUUGUCUGCUGAUACAUUUUUUAUCAACGUGAGUUAUAUUUCUUUACACGUGAGUUACAUCAUUCAUACUACUGGGACAAAAAGAAAAAAACAAUUAUCGUACACGAGUGUACUGUUCACACGGAAUUUUGAAAAAAAUGUACAAAAUUACAUCGUUUGUUUUGGGGGUGGAGCAUGAUGCUCACAGUGGGAUGAUCCCACGGUAUACGAAUCAUCCCACGGUAUACGAACUGUUCUAUCUGUGAUAUAGGACUAAUGUGACUCAGCCAAUCAGCCCUCAAGGAAAAUAUAUUACUCCCUCCAUCCCGGAAUUAAUCUUCAUACUUUCCUUUUCGGUGUGUCCCAAAUUUAUCUCCUCUUUCCUUUUUUUGUCAAAGAAUUUGUGGUUCACAAUCAUUCUUACACAUUCUUACACAUUUCUUUCUCUGCACAACUCUCUGUCACAUAUUUCCCACUAUCUUAAAACAUAUGCCCAGUCAAAUAAGGAGAUAAAUAUGGGACGGAGCUAGGUAGUAUGUCCGAUUCUAAUAAUAACUCAAAAAUUAACUCCCUGUUUCCCCAGACCGGAUAUUAUACUCGAUUAUGAGCAGGUGCCUAGGUGGUCAAAAGUUAUCUUUCAAAACAAACGUUUUCUAAGGGUCCACUGAGAGUGUAGUGUCGAGAUUGAGACAGGCAAAACACGUUUCUGCAGCCGUUUUUCCCUCUCAGUAUAAUCUCGCCCCGUAUAUCUCUACUCUCUGCAUCAGAGUUGGUCACCAUCUUCUCCAAUCAUCCUCUCAUGCAUAAGAACAAUAAUGGCUAAUGAAGAGUAAAACGGGCAAAGAUUUAUCUUGAAUUUCUCGCUCGCCUUGUAUCUUCAAGCUUAGCUGUGACUCGGUGCCUUGACGAAGUCCAGCAAAAGAUUCUUGGUUAGAACAGUGUUACAAUCUUUAGUCGCUUACAUAACAAAAUCAAACAGUGACAAUGUCUACUGAAGCCUGUGAUUUUGGCACCCUUGUGGAUCCAAAGCAUCGGAAAUAUCAAUGCAAGUAUUGCAGCAAAGUGGUUACUAGCCUAACUCGUCUUAAAUUCCACUUGGGAGGUAUUCAUGGAGAAGUUAUUCCUUGUCCAGAAGUCCCCGCAGGAGUGAGGGAAAUGCUAAGAAACGAGUUACUGCAAAAGAGAUUUGGGAAAGUAAUAAAGGAUUUUGAGGAGCUCAACCUUCCAACCCUUCCUUUGAAGAGGAACCGGUGUGAAAGUCCCUCCAAGAUUGUAAAGCAAGAAAGCAUCCAGACACACUGCAGUGGAACUUCCACCAACCCGAAUCCAGAAACGCACUUUACAUUUGCAAACAAUGUUAAAGAGUCAGCCUUUCCAAUCAGACAAGUGGACCCACCAUUAAACGAAGCCCAGAAAUGCACCGGGAGGUUCUUUUACGGGACAGGAGUUAACAGUCCCUCCAAGAUUGUCAAACAAGAAAGCAUCCAGACGCCCUGCAGUGGAACUCCUACCAACCCGAAUCCAGAAACGCACUUUACAUUUGCAAACAAUGUUAAAGAUUCAGCCUUUCUCAUCAGACAAGUGGACCCACCAUUAAGCGAAGCCCAGAAAUGCAUCGGGAGGUUCUUUUACGAGACAGGAGUUGACUUUGAAACAGCAAAAUCGCCUAGCUUCCAGAAGAUGAUAAAAUCCAUCAACGGGUCGGUGGAGAUCCCCACUUAUCAUGAAUUGAAGGGGCGUAUCCUACAGGAAGCAGUGAAAGAGAUGCAAGAUUACACUUCUCACAUCAAGAACGUAUGGGCAGCCACAGGGUGCAGCAUACUGUUAGACGGAUGGGUGGAUUCUAAAGGCCGGAAGCUUCUUAUUAUCUUAGUGGAUUGUCCAAGUGGCACAAUUUUUCAUCAAUGCGCUGAUAUUUCAUCAAUAGAAAAUGACGUGGUUAAAAUGGAAGCUUUUCUGAGAAAGGUCAUUGAGGAGGUCGGGGUUGAUAAUCUGGUUCAAAUAGUUUCAUACUCAACAUCUUCUUUCAUUGACGAUGUGGUCAAAAGGGUAAAUGAGAAAUGUAAGACAGUUUUUUGGACAGUGAGUGCUUCUCAUUGCAUAGAGCUCAUGUUGAGGAAACUUGAGACAAUGAAUGACGUAAAGGAAAUAUUGGGUAAAGCAAAAAGUAUAACACAAUUUGUUUACAGUCACGACAAUGUCCUAAAACUAUUGAGAGAUUUUUGUCCAAGUGUUGAUGAGCUAAUGAAGCCUUCCAAGAUAAGGUCAAUUGUGCCUUUCCUCACCUUAGAGAACAUGGUCAUGGAGAAGGGAAACUUGCAAAGGAUAUUUCUCUCAUCCCUUUGGAAAACCUUAGAGUGUGCUAGAACGGGUGAUGGACAAAGGGUUGUUGACUUGGUGGGAGAUAAGACUUUUUGGGAAGGGGCUUUGAUGGUCUUAAAGGCCACUAUCCCACUUGUGAAUGUUUUAAAGCUGAUAAACAGUAGUAAUAAGCCACAAAUUGGUUCAAUAUAUGACACUAUAGACCAGGUUAAAGAGACGAUAAAGUCAGAAUUCAAGAACAAGAAAUCCCAAUAUGUGAAAUUCUGGGAAGCAAUAGAUGAGAUAUGGAAUAAGCACCUCCAUAGCCCUCUCCAUGCUGCGGGGUACUUUUUGAACCCUAGUAUUUUCUAUUCGAGCGAUUUCUAUGAUGAUGCCGAAGUUUCUUGUGGACUUUGUUGCUGCAUUGUCCGUAUGACAGCAGAUUCGGGCGUUCAGGAUUUGAUCAUUAUGCAGAUUGAGCAGUACAGGAUGGGCAAAGGCCUGUUUGGCGUAGGCAGUAAGGAUGCUCAGCUGGAAAAUAUAGAUCCAGCAAAUUGGUGGUCAAAGUAUGGACGGGAAUGCCCGGAAUUACAAAGGCUUGCUAUCCGGAUCCUGAAUCAGACAUGUAAUGGUGCCUCAAAAUAUAACCUAAAGAGGACAUUGGCAGAAGCCUUACUCACACAAAGAAGAAACAAGACGGAACAAGCCAGGCUGAAGGAUCUGGUUUUUGUCCAUUAUAAUAUGCACUUGCAAAAUUUCUGGGCAGAUGAGAACAAUGACUUGUCAAAUGUGGAGGUGGACCCCAUGGAUGAUUGGAUUGUGAGAAGACAACCUAGUACAGUGAACAAGAAUGGCGAGCCGCCGGUGAUAGACUUGGAAUCUGAAGAGUCUGCUACUAGCAAGAUCAAGGUGUGACAUGAAUGUUCUGGUGCUGUAAUAAAGCAGUAGAUUAUGUAACUGCAACUGACUGACUUUUGUGUGUUGGGGAUGUUUGGCAAUAAGCAUUUAUCCAAAUGCUGAACUCAAUUUUAUCUGAAAAUGCUGCAAAGUGCAGCAGAUUGAAAUGACAUUUCAACCAAACCGAUGAAAAACAAACUGUUCUUGGGGAGUUUUCUGAUCCUCCAUAUAUUUAAAGUGGUG